AUGCAGCUCCUGGUGGUGCUUUUAUGGCUUUCAACAAGCGUUCACUUGACAUCUUUGGAUUCGAAAGGAGUGAAUCGAGCAAAUGCCUGUGGCAAUGACAGGCAUAUCUGUCCCUAUGACUGGAAGUCAUAUAAUCCCUUGUCGUCAACAAGCUCCCCGGUGGUUACAAGCUGUGAAGAAAGAUCUCAGAUGCCUGAUGAGUUGCCACAGGGCAGAACUUUGUCACAGCCAGGUGACCCAUUUAUGGCAGGAUUGGAGAGAGAAACCACAGUGCAGGCACCAACGUUUAGGUUGAAGAAUGGAACUCCUGCUCCCAAGGGCCGGUUCCCUUGGAUGGUCAGCAUCAGGGAUUCCAGCAGGAUGCACAUUUGUGGAGGCAUACUCAUCGACCGUCAGUAUGUGUUGACGGCGGCACACUGCGUGGACGAGAAGAAUGGCAUCGGAAAGAACGGAAUAGUUCACAUCAGUCCCCACGCCACGAAUGAUGACGAGAAGAAGCGUGGCGUUGUGGCCUUGCGGAUUGCGCGAACAUGCAUUUUCCCAGGCUGGGAAGGCAACAUUCAGUCUGGUGUGGACCUCGCACUCCUGCAACUGCCCAAAAGAGUGCAUGUUAAGACACCAAGCCUCGCAGAGCCUGGUAGCACUCUGCGAAAGGGGACCCCGGUGUAUGCCCUGGGGUGGGGUCUGAACAAGAUUGGCAACCUGCCACCUGAACUGCAAAUGGCGACAGAUCUUAUUUUGGCAGAUAAGGAUCGUUGUCCUUACAGAAACGCAGUGGCACCACAUCUCCUCUGUGCCUAUGCACGUACGCAGGACACGUGUAGAGGGGAUUCAGGGGGCCCAUUGCUUCAGCCAGACAUGCGGUUCAAUUGCUUGGAAGAAGGGAACCCCUCUAUAGACCUCAUUCUGGGGGUGGUGUCGUCUGGGGGAAACUGUAGUGACGAUGGCAGUGCUGGAUUGUACACUCGCGUUGAUCGCUACCGAGAUUGGAUGACAGAUGUCAUGUCUGGCAAGGUAUCCCCAGAAUACUGCAUGUCUGAGGGUAAGCCAGGUGCUCCUCAGGCAGGCAGGUUACACACAAAGAUCAUUGUCUCCUUGGCAUUAUUGUUUGCCGUGGUGAUGGGCAUCUUAUUGAUCUACUGGAGAUGCAGCCACCUUGGGACAGCUCAGUUUUGGCAAGUACCUGGCAUUCGCAACACUUCUUAUAGGACCGUACCCAGCUCUGAAGAAGUCCCUGAGCCAAUCACAGUACCCCACAAAGAAUCAGUCCUAGAGCCAAGGCCAAGCAGAUUGUCAACACUAUCCCAGCUUCGUGCAGUGCCCAAGAUUGAAUCGUCAACAAGUGAUCUCCCUGCACACCCAGAUGCUGUUGCAUUGGAUGAUCAGGUGUCUAGAGUCAUAGACAUGCUGUUGAAAGGCAAAAAACGCUAUGUUGCUAUUCUUGGCAUGGGUGGAAUCGGCAAGACCACCCUGGCACGUGCGGUCAUCCACAAUCGUCGAAUUCUGGAAAGGUAUCCGACCCAUGGGUAUGUCGUGGUUUCGCAGAACCCAGAAAUGACAAAGACCCAAAGAUUUGUCUGGGAGGCAAUUCGUCACACCAAAGGGCCGCACUUCAUGACUGCUGAAGAGGGCAAGCUGCGUUUGCAGGAGGAAUUCAAAGGCGAGGAUUUCUUCCUUGUGUUGGAUGAUGUAUGGGAGGAACAGGACAUUAUGGACCUUGAGUUUGCUUCCAAUGACAGUCGUGUACUGAUAACUACAAGACACGACAAGGUUGCAGCCUGUAUGGGUGCUGAGCGUCACUACGUCCCUGCCCUGGAUGAGGAACAGUCAUACAAACUGUUUUGUAAGUGUGCAUUUGGCGAUGGCAAGCCAGAGAGAUGGCAAGCACAGCAUGUCGAUGACAUUGUAACUGAGUGUGCGGGUCUGCCACUCGCCUUGGAAAUCAUGGGAGGGGAGGUCAAAACGUACAAGGAGGAUUCAGGCACAGCUGCCACCCCUUGGGAAAGAGAGCAAUGGGAAAAAGCUGCCAAAAGGAUUAGUGACAAAUUGGAUCACAAGGAUGUAUUCUACAGAGUUUUUCGUUUGAGCUUUGACAAUCUUCCCAAGGAGCAUCAGACAACAAUGCUGGGCAUGUCGAUGUUGCCUGAGGACUACCAUGCGAGGGAGUCUGAUAUUGUCGACGUCAUGACCAGCACAGGGUUGUGUGAUGAGGAAUACAAGGGGCGGGAGGUGCUGAGGACCCUUGUGGAGAAGUCACUUAUCUUGAGCAGCGGGACGGACCACAUGCUGGUGUAUGAAUUUCAGUCGUCUGGUCCAAAGGUGUACCACUUGCAUGAUGUGAUUCGUGACAGUGCGCUUGCCUUGCUGCGAGAACGCAAGGUUGCUGUUCGUGACAGGCUGGUGCUGUCACAGUUGAAGUGCAGCGACUGCUGUGGACAAGAAUUUGCAGCCACGCGCUUCUCUGCGGAUCAGGGGUUUACCGAUGAACAGAUGCAAUGUUUGGAGACUGUGAAGAUGCCAAAGCUGGAGAUGGUGCUGCUGAGGAAUCCCAAAGUUGGGGAGCUUCCUGCCUUCCUGAUUGGCCCUAAGCUGCAAGUUCUUGACCUCACGGCAUCUGGGAUCGUGAACCUGCCACCCGAAAUCUCUUGUCUGCAAGUGCUGCAGCUUCUGCGAGUGGAUCAUUGCAAGAAGCUGGAAUGCCUGCCCGAUGAAGUAGGCAAAAUGAUGAAGCUGAGGGUGCUGUCCUUGAGGGGGUGCCGGAGCAUCUGUGAACUGCCAGAAUCAGUGGGAAGCUUACAGAAGUUAUCAAAGUUGUUGAUGCCUUUCUGUGGAAUAGCGGACCUGUGGAUGGCAGAGCAACCGGCCUUCAAAAACGUCACAGUUCUGGAUCUGAGCAGAUGCUUUGGUCUGGUUGAGCUUCCCGGAAAUUUUGGAGAAAUGGCAUCCCUGGUGUGCUUGAAUUUGGGAGGCUGCUGGCGGUUGGCUUCACUACCUUCAUCCAUCGGCAAACUGACGCAGCUCAGUACGCUUCUUCUGCACGGUUGCUCCAGCCUUGUGGGUUUGCCUGCCUCGUUCACACAGUUGCGUCAGCUUAAGGUGUUGGACGUGCAGCACUGCUCUAAGCUGAAGUGCCUGCCUGGCAAAACAGAGUGGUGUCCGAAAUUGAGCUUCUUGCGGCUCCAGGGCAAUUUCAAGAUGACUUUCCCAAAGUUUGUGGAGAAGCUGAAGGUGCUUUAUAUGCUGGGUCUUCCAAUGGAGACCUGUGAUGAGCCUCAUGGGAGACAGCUGGUGACGACCGAGUUACUGCCAAUUGAUUAUCGAGGUGGUGCCAACACAAGUGACUUGUAUCUUCCUGAGAAAUGGAAACUGCCUGAGGCUAUUGUUCAGGGCAUCCUCAAAAAGGAGAUUUGGUUGGAGCAUGUGCCUACAAGAGAGUGCAAGUUCAAUACAAGCCAGAUAGGCAGCACGCCUCUGCACUGGGGAGCUUGGCAUGGAUUGAACAAGAUGGUUAAAUUGCACUUGAAGAGGACGGAUGUCAAUAUAAAAGACGCAUAUGGCAACACCCCCCUGAUAGCAGCAGCAAGACAUGGGCAUGAGAGCAUUGUGGAGCUUCUGCUGGACAACGGUGCUGACGUGAACAUGGAUGACCAUGCGGAUGACAAGUCGUCACGCAGACUCAGGCCAUCAGAUCGCUGGUGGACAGCCUGCGAGGUAUCGAUUUGUGGCCUGAGUGGGUACAUCAAAGCGGCUGCACUUCCUCAAAGCAACAGCACUCCUCUGAUCAUUGCAGUGGAGCAUGGCCACAAGCGCAUUGUGGAACUGUUGUUGCAUAGGAAGGCUGCUGUUGACUGUCCCAGGAAGAGUGGCAGGACUCCCAUUAUUGCGGCAGCAGCCCAAGGUCAUGCGGACAUUUUGAACAUACUCAUCGAUGCUGAUGCCUCCGUUCAUGAGUCCGUUCCUGUGAACAAAUAUGUGAGAGCACGUGGGCCUUACUGCUUUGCUUAUAUUGACGAGCAUGUUUUCCCAGUGUGUUGUGUCCAGUUUUAG